UAACCCGGAAGCUUCACGCGCUCCUUGCUGCUGUGCUACGAGUCCUUCCUGUUUCAGAAAUUUGAAGGAAGCAGCAGCAACAGGACAGUCGCUGAGUAAAUAUGGUUUCAUCUCACUGAUCUGUAUGAGGGACGGACCUAUGAGCUCUCAUCUUAUUUCUGCUACAUCAGCCUUGUACAUACUGUGGAUCACCAUGGCCCAGGUCGCUGGUCAGGAGGACAGGGAGAAAACCACUGCGCUCAAAGAUUUGCUGUCAAGAAUAGAUUUAGAUGAACUGAUGAAGAAAGAUGAACCUCCUUUCACCUUCCCUAAAACACUGGAGGAGUUUGAAUAUGCCUUCAAUGAGAAUGGCCAGCUCCGUCACAUACAAACAGGUGAACCCUUUGUGUUUAAUGCCAGAGAGGAUCUGCACCGCUGGAACCAAAAGCGUUAUGAAGCUCUUGGAGAGAUCAUCACCAAGUAUGUUUACGAGCUGUUGGAGAAAAAGUGCAACUUGACUAAAACAUUUCUUCCUGUGGAUGCUACAGACGAUGAACCCAGAAGUUUUAUCUACCUUAGCACAGAUGCCUUGACUAAUCCAAACAAGCUGCUCGUGCUUAUCCAGGGCAGUGGUGUGGUGCGGGCUGGCCAGUGGGCCCGUAGGCUUAUCAUUAACCAGGACCUGGACUCAGGAACACAGAUCCCUUUCAUCAUGAAGGCCAUGGAGGAGGACUACGGUGUGAUGGUGCUCAACCCAAACGAGAACUACUUGGAGGUGGAGAAGGCAGCAAAGGACUCCCCCAUUAACUCUCCUGCCGAACCCUCGGAUGAACCUGCCGAAAAGAGGGAGCGCAAAGAUGAACAGGAGAGCAAAAAGAAGAGGGAAUUUUAUGAGAAAUAUCGCAACCCACAGAAAGAGACUGAGACCGAGCGUAUCCCUAUACGGGAAAACACCUCCUCUGAAGAACACGUGCUCUACGUGUGGGACCACUUUGUGUCUAAAGCUGCUGCCAAGAAUGUCUUCAUUAUUGCCCACAGCUACGGAGGCCUGUCUUUCGUUGAGCUAAUGAAUCAAAGGGAAAUGCAAGUGAAGAACAGAGUGUGUGCUGUGGCUCUCACUGACUCUGCACAUAACAUUUGGCAUCAGGAGACCUCCAAAGGGACACAGGACUGGAUGCAGCAGUGCUGUUGUAACUGGGUAUCGAGUCCCGAGCCACUGGACACACAGCUUGAGCCCAUGUUGCCAGACUGCCCUAGAGUUUCUGCAGGCACUGAGAGGCAUGAACUGACCUCCUGGAUGAGUUUUGAGUCCAUCUUCAGGUUCUUCAACGAAAUCCUGAAGACGAAGGAGGAAGAGGAAGCCGAAGAGAACGCCAACGUUGUCACCACACGCAGCGGCUCUUUGAAAAAUAAACACCAGGAUUUAUAGAAAGCGCUCAGCAUUGACUUGGACAAGCAGGACAUUCUCAGCGGUGCAUCAGAUCGGGGAGUGCAGAAAUUUCCCCCUUCCUAAUUUUUGUUCUUCUCGCCAUCCUCCCCCCCUUUAACCUCUUCGCCGUCCCCUCCAGCACCAUCCCGGCUUUGUGCCCACUCAGUCGCCUUGUUGUUCGAGACAAGAGUGCUGGGGUCACCACGUAUACACCACAAUAACGUUUUGCAUUACUCCUAGAUGACUGCAACUGUCAAAGCAAUAUGGACCUGAGUGUUAGCGCUUCCCGUGGGCUGUGGCCCGGCUGCGGGUGCGGGCUGCAGCAACGGAGAUUAAGGCUGACAGGCGCUGUACACAAUGCGCCGUGGUGCACCUCUAAUUGUCCUGACAUCAGCCUGAAGUGAGCUAAUGCCCUCCCACCCCCAACCCAACCCCAUCCCGUCUGCACUGCUCAGCCUCUUUCCCUUUCUGUGUCUCUCUUCCUGCUCUCCACUGUUUUACCCUGCAAUCAGUUCUAGUGACACGUCCUAAAGUUCACCAUCAUUUCAAUCCUGCUAGCGUGUUUGUUUGGGCUUUUUCCAGCAUUUCCUUUCUCUGCUGAAAAUUUUUAAUAAGACGGAAUCAUCUCUAAUAUCUAUUUCUUAAAAAUUACGUUUUUUGUGUCUAUUUUCAGCUUUUAAACUUGAUUUUUCUCAAUCAGUCUGCUAUGAUUGUUUUUCUUCCGAAUGCUACUUCUUUUAAUGAGAUUAUUUUUUGUCCUCAAGUUUAAACUGAAUUUGUUCUUAUACAGUAAUACUUCCCAUAAACAAUGUUUUGUAAUUUAACAAAGAAGCUGGUGUUUAUUUUUGCAAAAGUUUAGUUUUUCUUGUUUUUUUUAUCCUUUAUUUUUCCUCAUGUGAUAUCCCUAAAAUUGAUGUGUGUAGCUGAUUGAAUGUGAUGAAACAAAUAAUACAAACACAACCUGUUCUGAAUAUGAAGAAGACAAAAAAAAAAAAGCAGGACACCGAGCGUUUUUAAAAAUCACUUAAGCCAAGCGCCAAGAUGGGGUUUGAGUGAUGUCUCAUUUUAACGAGAGCCAAAAGUCAGCCCACAACACUCAUAAAAGCCCAAUAUAUCGCCUUACACAUGUCAGGAAAUCCUAGACUUCAAUAUUAUUCUGACCCAGAAUGAUAUUUCCUUAGAAGUUGGAGAAUUGUAACAUAUCUUCUCUUUUUUUUCUUCACUUUCCACUCAAGUACUCUUUGUGUGUACUUAGACCUGUCAAAAUCGGCUUCCUGCUCAGCUCCCAUAAUCUGACUGCGUGACACAAACAUGUUAAAGAUUUUUUCAUAAAGCCGCUGUGUUUUAUAAACCACUCGGAGCUUAAUGGAAUACAUUUCUAAUGUGUCUUGACAUUAGUAAAAACUCAAACUUGAAACAAAAUCUUAUGAUACCUUAGUCGCAUUGUCAAACAUACACUUCCCUCUUUUUUUCCAAUAUUGUGAAACCCUGCCUCUCCUGCUCCGUGUGUCUGUGGUUUAAGGCGUUUGUGGAUUAUCUUUCUGCUGUAAUGAGACAAGUGUGCCUGGUGGUUGCGAGCCUAAUUUCCUUUUAAUUUGAUUUAGAUCUCUCCAGGUUUCAGCUAAGAAGUUGGCUUAUUAUUUGAUAUUUGACGGCUCUCAUUUCAAGAUACCACAGCUCGCCUUUGUGCUUUUCAGCUACGAUCAGUUAAUUUCUCACUCUAGAAUUUGUGUAUUGUUGCCUUAGGAGUAAACAACGCUCUCCUCGCUGUUUUGUUGUUUUUUUUUUUUUGUAAUAUCCAACAAGCCAUAUGUGAAAAGAACUAAAGAUCCAAAGCACAGUCUGCAAAUAAAUUGCUCUUGAAGAUUUUAUUUUUAUUUUAUGCAGGUUGUUAUUUGUUAUAUUGGUUCUAAUUGUUUUAUCCUAAAAUCUCCUAGUGUAUAGCCAAGGCAUGGAUUUCUUUUUACAUUUUAUUUUUUUUUUCCUCAGUCUGUUGAUUAAUGUUUAUGCAAAAUUGUAAAGAUGAACACCUCUGCAUCAGUAAUCAGUAAUCACAUUUUUUUUACAUCAUUUUAUUUUAUCCUGAUUGACCCAUAUUAAAGCAAAAGGAAAUAAAUGAACUAUGCAUCUUUA